AUGAAAGCCACUCUCGGCCUCGCGUGGACAGUGACGAUGGCCCUGGUGUGCUUAGGUGUGCAGGUUUCCGCCGCCCUGCCCUACAGCGAGUCCCGCAUGAUGCAGGAUAACAGCUACCUGCCGCUGAAAAGGACGAAACCAUCGCUCUCGAUCGUGAACCCGCUCGAUGUGCUGCGCCAGCGAAUCAUUCUGGAAAUGGCACGAAGACAAAUGCGUGAAAACACCCGACAGGUCGAGCUGAACAAGGCCUUGCUGCGGGAGAUCGGCAAACGGAGCAGCAACUUUUACGAUGGGCCCGAGUACCCACCGUAUGACUACUCGUACUACGAUCGCAAACGGUACAACCAGCACGUGGCACCCGAUCCAGAGAGCAAUCCAAUCCUGGAGGACGAGAUCGAAGAGAUGAUGGACAGUUUGCUGCGCAACGGUGGUCACCUUACGCUCGAUGAUGGAACCUUCCCCGGGAAACCACAGCGCGUCCGCUCUGUCAACGAUCCACCGGCGGACCAGAAGGUACACGGAAACCCAACCCAGACCCAACCGCAGCAACUGAGCCGAAUGUUUGAAAGCGUGCCAUCGGACGAUCGUAAACCGAAGGAUCAGCAGGAUCAGCCGCUGACGAACGAUUCCGGCAGCGAUGGAGUCCAGCUUGGAGAUGGUGACGGGUUACCGAACAACGACAGCUACAUGAUACCGACCAAUCCAAGCGGCGGACAACCGGCCACAGCGCUGGAGACGACGAACGAUCGGGCCACUAACGAUAACGACUAUCGCCAGCAACGGUUUGUCUACGGUAUGUACAAAAAUCGGUACGCAAACUAA